AUGGAGGCUACUGUAGAGAUUAAUCCAGUUCCGCCGGAACUAUGGGGCAAGCGCAGGAACCAUGGCCUCAGCCUAAAGCAGUUGUUCAGUUUGUUGCCAGACACGGUCGAGAUGACAAUGAAAGCGGUAGCGUUAGUGUUAGUUUUUGUCGGAACAUGUUAUUGUCAAGUUGAAUUCAAUGAACGACCUCGGAACUUCAGUAUAGAGUUAUUAUACUACACGCAAGCAGAAACAGACGGCCAUGUAGUGAUAUCACCGUUCGGAAUAUGGACUUUGAUGACCGGGAUUGCUUUGGGGGCGACGGGCAACAGUUACAACGAGCUCGCCAGGGCAUUCAUCCUCCCGAGGAAUCAAAACACCCUCAUUAAAGGAUACAAGGAUCUUACAAACGCGGUCCUCGCCCAAGGCAACAACGGAGUCAGCCUUACAAGCAGGAAUUUCGUUUUCCUUGACAAUGAUUUCACCGUGUUCCCAGCCUUCAGAGGAUCCCUGCAAAACGAUUUUGGUGCCUCAUUAAAAGUGCUUGAUUUCGACGACCCCAAUUCGGCUCGCAUCGCCAACACAUACAUCGAGAAGUCAGGCGGACGCGUCUCCAAUGUUCUACGAUCAGACGACUUCCAAGAAUCAAGAAUGAUAUUAACAAACGUGAUAUCGUUUAAAGGACUUUGGGCUUCGCCGUUCAACAAAUCCGAUACAGUGUUAGAACCAUUUUACGAUGAAGAUAAAAAUGUGGUCGGUAGUGUGAAUAUGAUGUUUCAAAAGGGACAGUUUGCGUUUUCGAAUAUGCAGUCUUUGAAGUCUUUUAUUGUGGAGUUGCCGUACGGGACGAAUGGAAAGUACUCAAUGAUAGUUAUCCUGCCGUAUCCUUCAGUGAAGAUAGCUGAUAUGUACAAGAACUUUGCUCAUGUGAGUUUGAAAGAUGUAUUUAAGAGGUUACAAGACGAUGUUGAUUCGUUUGGUAUGGAGGAUGUAGAUGUGAAAAUACCAAGGUUCCACAUCAGUACGAAUCUAGUGCUUAACCGGCCGUUGAACUCCAUGGGCGUGUACGACAUCUUCCAACCCGACCAGGCGAGUUUCCAACGAGUUUCCAAGGAUAAUAUAUUCGUGUCUGCGAUCGUACACAAGGCUGAUAUUGAAGUUACUGAGUCGGGAACCGUAGCGUCGGCAACCACAACAGCAACUUUCUCUGAUAGAAUAUCAGCACCGUAUUUCCAUGCCAACCGGCCAUUCCUCUACUUCAUUAUGGAGAAAACAACCACAACUGUGAUAUUUAGUGGCAUUUAUUCAAAACCUACAGUUUACUAAGUUUAAUAC